GCUAUACAGAAAAUUCACAAGUGGAAGGCCUCAUUUGGCUCAACAGCAAUCACCGUUUUGAUGGCCUUUUUUGCCUCAGAUCCAGAGUAUGAAAUGCAAGCUGCACGCAAAUCUUUUGCCGAUGAUCAACUCAAGGAUUCACGCUUCGUCUACAAGAACCCCGAGAGUGAAGACAAUCCUGGAGCAAUUUUAUUGGAGUUUUUCUGGUGCACCUUUGCUAUGCAUUUAAAUGCAAUUGUAGGGCACGAGAAGGUUGACACCCUGGACUGUGGAAUAAUUGGUGUCGAGACUGCACUUGCAUUGACGGCUGCAGCCAUGAGUCAGGUUUUU